AGUUCCGCAUUAUAAUCGGUUGUUAUUAAUACAGUAAUAUUGCUAAACGAAAUGGUAUAAAUAGACAGAAUUUCGGUUAUUUAAAGGCAGUUAACAAUGGUUUGGAUACCGCGUAUUUUACUUAUCGCAUUUAUAUGCAGUAUUGCAUUGGCUCGGCCAGUUCCAGAUGAUACAAAGGUGGAUGAUGCAGAUGUAAAGGGACGAAGUCCUUGUAUCUUUGGGCUGCCAAACAUCUUUGGCAAAAUCAUGGGCGGCAUGGGUGGCGGCAAGGGUGGCGGUGGUGGAGGCGGUGGAGGAGGUGGUGGUGAAGGCGGUGGUGGAGGCGGUGGUGGGGGUGGCGGCAAGGGUAAACGCAAAAGAGGUUGAAGUGAUGGUGGAGGAGAACAUUAUUAAUAAAAUUGUUGUAACAAUUUAAAAGCAAAUAAAAAAUAUGUUGAAA